AUGGCGGCGCAACUCCCCGAUCCGUAUGCGGCCCAGUACGCUCCUGUGUCGUCAGCGGCGAACGAGCCCACGCGGCCAGCUGUUCUCAUAAGCAGCGGCACACCAGCUGGUCCCUCUGUGGGAAUGCCAUCCGCUGCCGCCACAGUCCCGUCUGCGUUCGGCGCAGGACCAGCAUCAGCUGCUACAGGAAUGGUGUAUGUAACGAGUGCGCAAGGUUUACCAUCCGCGGGUGUUGCGCCGUCGGCCGCAGGCAGCUUCACAUACCCCCCCCAAGCUGUCCUUCCAGGCGGCAGCUUUUUUAUGUCCUCGGCUCCAGUUACAGUCAUCCAUGACAACCAGCCUCCCGCUCUUCUCCCUGCUCUCCCACCUUCUUUCCGUGCUGGAUGGCUAGGCAGUCGCCUUGCUGAUGCCUCCUCGGAAGACUUGCCAGGCGUACGUACUCUCCGCGGGGGAAUUGUCACAUGCAUUAUGGUCCUUCUCGUUUCUUCCCUCUUUGCCUGUCUUGGAAGGGCCGACUUCAACUUUGUCCUUUACUUAGUAGGGUACCACCUGUGGUGCGUCGACGGGGAGACAAAGAGCGUAACUGGCGUCAAAAGGCUUCUUCGAGGUGCUCGACAGUACGCUGUACUCCUCUGCAUUGCCUCCGUAGUGGAGAUUACGUGGCUGUUCAUUGCCUACUCAACGUGGAGCUGCGAAAAAGGCGACGCUGAACUCUGCUUUCCAGAGAGCGAAAAUCUCCGGGUCCGCUGGACAUACGGCAUACACAAUUGGGCUCUUGGCCUUUCCACGUUCAAUCUUCUUGUCAAGCUUUUUCUCAUUUUCCUUUCCUUCACUUGGGUCCAAAGACAACGAACUACUCUGGGCCUUGGAGGCGCGGGCCCGGUUCCAGGGGGCACGUCCAUUCUUCCUCCUGGAUCAGAUUAG